GCCAUGAAGCCAGUCAGUGGAGAAGCUGGGGCUCAAAUGCAAGAAAGACCCGUGCUCGCUCUCCCAUCACUGCAUCCGCAAACUCAAUGGCAGGGGGAGAAGGGAGAUGAAGGUGGGUGGUGUGAAGCCAGUCUGGGGCCUUCAGAAGAGAUGAAAGGACCAGGCCCUAGGGUAGGGUGAGAAGGGGCCUGGACUGGAGUUGAGAAGAAGGGGCUCGAGUUUUAAGAAGGAAUGAAUUGAAAGAGACCAGGAGGGUCUCGAGAGGGAAUGAAGUGAAAUGAGAGGCUCGGACCUCGGUGGCAUGAGAAGUCAGGGGACCCGGGCCCUGGGCUGAGAUAAGAGGAGGUGAGAUGAAGGGACUCGGGUACUGCAACCUGCCAUCCCUGUCUGAGUGAGAGUACGGUUCCCCAGCUCUCUCGUCCCUCAUACCUGGUAGCUCAGAAGUUUGCCCACAUCCAUGGUUCCAGGCCCAGCCAAUCACUGGUCCCCUCCACUCACGUUUAAACCGUGGCCCUCUUAGCAGUGACUCCAGCCACACUGGCGAAAAGCGCUGUGAGCGCCGCAGAGCCAAGGAUUGACAGUUGGGAUGAUUUAUGAGCUGCUUGGUUCAAGAGUAGGUCUUAUUACUUUGUAAAUAUGAGGUCAGCCAGAAUGAACAUGUCUGGGACUGAGGAAGCAAUUCUUGGAAGCCAUGACAGCCAUCCUGCUGCUGCUGGAGGCAACUCUGUAUUAUGCUUUGGACAGUACCAGUAUGCAGCAGAGGAGUACCAGGCCAUCCAGAAUGCUUUGAGGCGAAGGCUGGGCCCAGAGUACAUAAGCAGCCGCAUGGCUGGAGGAGGCCAGAAGGUGUGUUACAUUGAGGGUCACAGGGUAAUUAACCUGGCCAAUGAGAUGUUUGGUUACAAUGGCUGGGCGCAUUCUAUCACGCAGCAGAAUGUGGAUUUUGUGGACCUUAACAACGGCAAGUUCUACGUGGGCGUCUGUGCGUUUGUGCGAGUCCAGCUGAAGGAUGGCUCAUAUCAUGAAGAUGUGGGCUAUGGUGUGAGUGAGGGCCUCAAGUCCAAAGCUUUGUCUUUGGAGAAGGCGAGGAAGGAGGCAGUGACAGAUGGGCUGAAGCGAGCACUGAGCUUUGGAAAUGCACUUGGAAAUUGUAUUCUGGACAAAGACUAUCUGAGGUCACUAAACAAGCUUCCACGCCAGUUGCCUCUUGAAGUGGAUUUAACUAAAGCGAAGAGACAAGAUUUUGAACCAUCUGUGGAACAAGCCAGAUACAGCAGCUACAGGCAGCACAUGGCCCAGGGACCCCCCAAACCGCAGGAGGUGACCUCCCCUUGCAGACCAAGCCACUCUGAUGAUGCCCACAUUGUGAUUCAGGGGGAGAAGGACAGCAGCUCCCGAUGCCUGGCCUCUGCUGUGGAGACUGAUGCCACUUACCAGCGGAAGCUCCGGCAGAAACAGCUGCAGCAGCAGUUCCGGGAGCAAAUGGAGAAACAGCAGCAAGUUCAACUCAACGCUCCAUCAGUUGAAAAGAAGAAUCAGGCCGCACCGCAGGGGCUGCCGGAGAAGCACAGUGCGUCCAUAACCGAUGGCUCCAAACCACUUGCUGAGCAAGGCUCCCUUGCAGACAGUCUUGAAAUGUGGACUAUGCUUGCAGACGCAGGGGACGAGGUCAAGCCCUCAUCUAAAACAGAACCAGAACCACACCAGACCCCUGCCACACUAGCCCCAAAGAACCAGAUGGUGACCCAGAACAGGACCGCACAAAAUCUUUGCCACCAGAAUCCACAAGCAAAACCUGGUCCUUGGCACCUUCAAACUCCUAACGUUAACCAACACGUAACAGGAAACUGUGAUUUCUAUAGGGAGAACCAGGAUGCGAAGAAGAGGAAAUUGGAUCCACCUUAACCAGGCUCAGGUCACAUGACUGGACUGUCACAGAGGGACUUAAGAAAACUUUUUGGUCAUGAAAUUGUUCACUACUCCUAGGGGGUGAGCUUUAUUUCCAAGGAUUUACCUUCAUUCUGAACUUUUCCAAAGGAUUUGACUCCUGGAGCCUCCUGCAGAUAGAGCCCAGCGGAUGGAAAACAAGCCCUUUAAAAAAGCUUGUCACACACUGCCGUCAGCGGCUUUGGGGAGAUUAAAUACCUUUUCUUGGGCUCUUGAUUACUUAUUCCUAAACUAUUAUGUUAAUAAACAGAACUUUCAGGAAUCACCAGUGGCCAUCUGCUCUGAACCCACGGGAGCCACAUUCCUGAGCACCACAUGCCUACAGGAGGUUGCUGAGCUCACCGGAGGGCGCUGUGUUUUAAUGCUGAGAACAAGGCCUGCAGUGAUUUUACCAGUUUCCAUCAAUUCAGGCUGUAAUCUUCACCUAUGAUAAUCCCUCUUGUAAAUUUAUGGUGCUACUAUCCUGCACUGUUUUCUAAUUGAGCAAACAAUGAUCUAAGGCCAAAGAAAAGGCAUUUCAAGAGCACAAAACAAAUCUGCACUUUGUAACAAAAUCUAAGUAGCUGUUUCUAUUUCCCCAUUUCAGAUGUGAGAUACAACCCACCUUAACAUAAAUUGUUUCUUCAUCAUGUCUAGAUGUUUCAUAAUUCUUUCCCCCAAAUAAUGAGCUUGCAAAUUUACUUUUUAAUAAAGGUGAAUUCUGGGAUGUGCUUUUUAUCUAA